CGGCUCGCUGCUGCUCCUGCUGCUCUUCCUCGGGGACUCUGCGGGCAUGGAGGGCACCACGAUGCGGGGGCUGGUGGCGCUGCUGGCGGCGCUGAGCUGCGCGGCCCCGGCGGGGCGGGCGGCGGCGCCUGGGGCUGCCCUGAGCUCCAACGCCAUCAAGGGACCCCCCCCGGGAGGGGCGGCGGAGACCAGCGCCGCCCCCGCACCCCCGUUCGACGGCAGCAAUAAAGCACCGCCGGCCGCCACCCGACAGCCUUUCCCGUGCACCGAGGACGAGGAGUGCGGCCCCGAGGAGUUCUGCGGGAGCGCGGCCCGCGGCGGGGGAGCCCCGCUGUGCCUGGGCUGCCGGCGGCGCCGCAAGCGCUGCCUGCGCGAUGCCAUGUGCUGCCCCGGCAUGAGCUGCAGCAACGGGCUCUGCACGCCCCUGGAGCCGCCGCACGGAGCGGCCGAGCUGGACGAGACGGGCACCGAGGCGCUGCCCCGACGGACGCCCGCUCCCGCCUGGCUGCCCACGGCCAAAGGAGAGGAGGGCGACUUCUGCCUGCGCUCGUCGGACUGCGCGGCCGGGCUGUGCUGCGCCCGCCACUUCUGGUCCAAGAUCUGCAAGCCGGUGCUGCGGGAGGGCCAGGUGUGCACCCGGCACCGCCGGAAAGGCUCGCACGGCCUCGAGAUCUUCCAGCGCUGCCAGUGCGCCGAGGGGCUGGCGUGCCGCGGGCAGCGGGAGCACGGCCCGGCCGACGCCUCCCGCCUGCACACCUGCCAGCGCCACUGACGGACACACGGACACGCGGACGGACAGACGGACACCUGCCUGCGCCACUGACCGACACACGGACACGCGGACAGACAGAUGGACACCUGCCAGCGCCACUGACCGACACACGGACAGGUGCCGGUGGCGCUGAGCCGCACAUGGACAGACAGACGGACACCUGCCAGCGCCACUGACAGACACACAGACACAUGGACAGGGACGCGCACGGAUAGACAGACAGGUGCCAGCGGCGCUGAGCCACACGCGGACAGACGGACAGACACGCUGAGCCACAUACGGACGGACAGAUGGACACGCGGACAGACAGACGGACAGGUGCCGGCGGCUCUGAGCCAUACACGGAGACGCGGAGAGACGGACGGACGCGUGCCGGCGGUGCUGAGCGACAACACGUGGACAGACAGACGGACAGGUGCUGGCAGCAUUGAGUGACAGACGGACAGGUACCGGCGGCACUGAGAGACGCACAGACAGACAGAUGGACAGGAGCGACACACAGACACACGAACGGGACAGGUGGACGCGUCCCCGUCUCGCCUGCGCACGUGCCGGUGGCACUGAGCGACGCACGGACGGGACAGACAGACGGACAGGUGUCGGCGGCACAGAGGCGGCACACGGACGGGACAGACAGACACGGACAGGCUCCGGCGCGGCCGGAGCGAAGGUUGUUUCUCAAGGGAACUUCUCCUCAGCGACUCCUUGCAGUACGUUACUGUGUUGUGAAUACUCGAGCUGGCACUUAGCUGUACGCGGCGCCGGGGCUCCCAGGGACUGCCUUCUAGCCAGCUGUUAUCCCGAGCUCUCCCCGCGCUCCGGCCGCGGCUUUGGGCGCACUGGGUUUUUCUGGGACGCCCCCGAGUGCGUGCGAGCGAGCGAAUAAACUCUGUAAAUUCACCCCGAGAUGCCUCCAGUCCUGCCCGGGGAGGAGAGAUGGGGCGGGGGGGUCCAUCCUCAGCAUCCCACGGGAAUGGGAUGGGUUGGCACUGGAAUGGUUGGAAUUCCUUUUUAGGGAUUCCACUGGUGCCCUCUGGAGGAGAGGGAGCGCGGUCGGGGCUCUGGGAAGGGCUCCUGGCAGCAGAAUCCCUGUCCCUGAUUUUGGGAGGGAAGAGGGAGCGAGGGAUCACUCUCGGACCGACCACUGGUGCUGCCCAUCUCGACCUUGCUCCAUGCACAAUAAAGAUUUA